AUGCAUCCAACGAAAGCCCUCAACGCGUUGAUCUACACUAGACUAGCGUUCUGUUUUGAUCUGUCUACCCUUUACACGCCUAUAAGUGGUCGCAGUGCUCACAGACUCGUCCUCAAUGUCAACGACACUGCGCUAUGCCCUCUCACUCACAGACGACCCGAGAUAUAUCUUUCCACGCCCCAGAACACCACCUUGUCUAACCAAGGGUCCACAUGCAUCUGGUCAGACAGCCACUCAAAGCAAUACUGCAUCUUCGCAAACCCGCAAUUCGAUAACGGAAAGGGAAUCACCGUGAUAACAACUCCCGAGCGCAUCCUCCACAUCGCCAAAUCUAUCGCCUCGGUGCCAGAUCACCAUCCCAGCCUCUCGCGCAGCCUCAUCACCAACGAGGCCCCAAUCACUUUUCUGGACCGCAACUGGGUCGAAGACAUCUCGUCCGAAGAAGCGCGGACGUCACUCCAGGCGUUGGCUAUUGAGAAGCUACCAAGAACCACACGCCAAACGGUUGAAGAGCUUUACAUUGGCACUUUUACUAAGGGUUUAGAGCAAAAGAUCUGGACGAAUGGCUACGGCGUCUCUAGCGGACCCGCAGAGGACUGGCCGGGUUUGGAAGACGAAUUGGACCUCGGCAUGAUUGCGGUGCAUGCAAACAUAUCUAAAAUCAACCACAGCUGUCGCUCCAACGCAGCGUCGCAAUGGGAUUGGGCCUUGCUUGCACACAGGCUGUGGGCAGUCCGCGACAUUGCCGUUGGCGAGGAGAUCACCAUAUCCUACUUCGAUCCUAUCCAGACCCUCCGCGAGCGACAACGCUACGCAAAAGAGACUCUUGGCUUCGAAUGCGCUUGCAGCCACUGCCAAGCCGCUCCCAAGUUCGCAGAGCUAUCAGACGACCGCAUCAACGAAAUUCACCUACUACAAGGGUACCUAGAAACUCGCGAAAUCGCCCCGGCCGAGCCCACAGCAAUGGCUAACCUGCUAGUCAACCUAUACAAGCAGGAGGGGUUGGACUCUUACCUUUGUAAGGCAUACGCUAUCGCGGCGCGCGAGUGGAAUGGCGCGGGGUACGAGUACUAA